UCCAGAGGGAGGUACCUGUUCCAUUUUGGUGAGAUCCCAGAGGGCAAGGUGUGUGGCAGAAUGAGUGUAAGACCGAAGACCUCAGCUGGAAUCAUCUGGGCUCCUUUUUCAAAAGGACAGGCACGGGAAGGAGUGGAAGACGGGCCGGCAGCGGUGAAGGAAGCUGGCCUGAUUGAUAAACUAACAGCCCAAGUUCUUUCCACUGUGCUAACCCCAGGGUGUGAUGUUAAAGAUUAUGGAGCCUUGCAGUUUGAUGACAUUCCCAAUGACAGACCAUGUCAUAAUGCAAAAAAUCCUAGAAGUGUUGGGAGCGCAAAUGAGAAGCUAGCCAGCGUUGUGGCAGAAGCGAAGAAGAGUGGAAGAACCUGUUUGGUAGUUGGCGGUGAUCACAGCUUGGCAAUUGGAAGCAUAUCUGGCCAUGCAAAGAUUCACCCUGAUCUUGCUGUAAUUUGGGUUGAUGCCCAUGCUGAUAUUAACACUCCAUUGACAUCAUCAUCUGGGAACAUGCAUGGGCAGCCAGUGGCUUUCCUUCUAAAGGAAUUGAAGGACAAGAUGCCUGAUGUUCCAGGAUUCUCGUGGAUAACCCCGUGCCUGUCUGCUGAAGACAUUGUGUAUAUUGGACUAAGAGAUGUGGACACUGCUGAACACUGUAUUCUGAAAUCUGUGGGUAUUAAAUACUAUUCGAUGACUGAAAUAGAUCAACUUGGGAUUGGGAAGGUGAUGGAAGAAACACUUAGUUAUUUGCUGGCCAAUAAGAAGAGACCAAUUCACUUAAGUUUUGAUGUUGAUGGCUUGGAUCCCUCUCUGGCAUCAGCUACAGGGACCCCAGUUCCUGGAGGAGUGACUUUGAGGGAGGGUAUCUAUAUAGCAGAAGAACUUUAUAGAACAGGGUUGCUAUCGGUAGUAGAUAUAAUGGAGAUCAAUCCAGCUCGUGGGAAGACACAAGAAGAAGUUAACACAACGGUCAACACAGCUGUUUCAAUUAUCUUGUCCUGUUUUGGUAAAGCACGUGAAGGUUCUCAUAGUUCCAGUUACCGUAUACCCCAGCCACAAAAAUCCAUCUGAACAUAUACAGUUAUGUUCCAAGAAGUUUUUCAGUCCUAAAGUAUAAUAUUUUGUUAAUGACUGUUGCUUACUGAAUGACUUUGGUAACCUCAAGCACAAAAAUAAGCUUUUCGUUGAAGCUCAGACACUAAUGAGACAGUAAUUGUCACUCAUGCUAAUGGAGGCUGGUGAAGUAAAAAGUGUCAGAUUUGCUCAUGCUGUUUUCUACUUUAUGACAAAUUCUAAAAGUCAAGUCAAAUAAUUUAUUACCACCAUUAUGCAGUAAAUCACAUUAUU